ACUAUAGCCUGCGGCCCUGCGCCUUCCGUCGUUGCCGUGCGCAUCUUGAACUCGCUUUGACCUCCGCACGCCUCUCUCCUAUCUCUCUCUCUCUCUCUCUCUCUCUCCCCGUCGCCGAGAGUGUGUCUGCGACCUGCCCGCCAUCAUCGUUUCGCUCGAGGUACUCAAGUGAGUCCUUUCGAAGCGUUCAUUGAGAGUCGAGCUUGCCGACGAGGCUCAUAACUGCCGUGCCUAACGUAGUUAUGAGUUGUUUUCCGUUCUUGUGCCGUGAUAAGGUGGAUACGCAUACCGGAGAUGCUUAUGAAGUCGAUGGAGAAAUUUCAAAUAUUCCCAAUGUCAAACUCUUCAACUACAAGCAGUUGAAAGCGGCGACGGAUGAUUUUAGUGAAGCGUAUAAAAUCGGAGAGGGUGGUUUCGGCUCAGUUUAUAAGGGGCGACUUAAAGGUGGGAAGAUUGCUGCACUAAAGGUCCUCUCCGCUGAAUCAAGACAAGGAGAGAGAGAGUUCUUGACAGAGAUUAAUGUGAUAUCUGAGAUUGAGCACGAAAACUUAGUCAAGCUUUAUGGAUGUUGCGUAGAAAGUAAUCAAAGGAUUUUGGUUUACAACUAUCUAGAAAACAACAGCCUUGCUCAAACUCUUUUAGGUGGAAAUCACAGCAACAUCCAGUUUAGUUGGCAAACAAGAUAUCGCAUUUGCAUUGGGGUUGGACGGGGCCUUGCUUUCCUCCACGAGCAAGUACAGCCGCCAAUUAUUCAUAGAGAUAUCAAAGCUAGCAACAUUCUCCUUGACAGAGAUUUGACACCCAAAAUUUCAGAUUUUGGGCUCGCAAAGCUUAUUCCGGACAACGCUACACAUGUUAGCACGCGCGUCGCUGGUACAUUAGGUUAUUUGGCACCAGAAUACGCGAUUGGGGGGCGUUUGACCAUUAAAGCAGAUAUUUACAGUUUUGGAGUCCUCCUCGUGGAGAUAGUUAGUGGAAGGUGCAAUACAAAUACAAGACUCCCCCCUGAAGAGCAGUAUCUCCUUGAAAGAACGUGGGAUCUCCAUGAACGGAAGGAGCUGGUUGGAUUGGUGGAUACAUCUUUGAAUGGUCAUUUUGAUGCUGAGGAGGCUUGUAGAUUCCUAAAGAUCGGACUCCUCUGCACCCAAGACAAUCCCAAGCGCCGGCCAUCCAUGUCAACUAUAGUUAAGAUGCUUACCGGCGAGAUAGGUAUUGAUGAAAAUAAAAUUAGAAAGCCUGCAAUGAUCUCUGAUUUUAUGGACCUGAAAGUGCGUGGUCCUCCAAAAUCGAAGAGCACUUCCUAUAACUUGACCUCCAGCUCAGAUAAUCGAGAGAAUUCUACCUUGUCAUCGGGUGCCUCAACUUCUGGUACCAUGACCACCUUGGCGGCAAAUGACCAGAGCCUUUGAUCUCGUCUCCGUGUUGUCCUGUUUACAAUUUGGUUUGUAAAGUAGAUUCUUGCGAAAUUUUUCCCCGGAUUAUUGAGGUUUGUUGGCUUGUGUAAAUUGUUCAUGCUGCUUCGUACAACAUUUGCUUUGUGCUAAGUGACAUAGAGGCUUUGCCCGUGUAAAUUUACCCGAUUGAAUUGAUUCGAUGGAGAAUUCUGCCGU